CGAUACCCAGCAACACCUUCAGCUGACUUUGGGCGUGCAGAUAAAUUUAAUUCUCGCAGUUAUGCAGUUCAGUAUACACCAGUGACGCAUACUACCAGACAAAUAAUGCAGCAUGUGGCUUCUGAUUCCUUUUUGAAAAGUGCGUUCUCUCCUAACUUUAUUACACUGUUGUUUUUUACAUUUCUUGUGUUUCAGGAGACUUUUUAUUAAAAGGUGUAUUUUGCUUGUACUGAAUAUUUGUUAGAUAUUAAUCUAUAAUGCCAGAUGAUGCUAGUGCCAGUCCACUUGGGUGGUGCUAAUGAAUAUCAUGGUGCAGAGUCUCUCUUAUGGCCAUAUGCCACUCAGUGCAGAAGAGAGGAUGUGGGGGACGCUAGGAUGCCAGUUAUGGCUCUCCAGUUUCUGACGGCCAGUCUGCACUGCAGUUGGCCUGGUGUCUUUUUUAAGAGCAUCCUUGGGGCUGCUUUAACUUACUCCAUUGGCUCGGAAUCUCUAUAUUCAUUUUUCAUUAUUUUUUUUCUUCUUGCUCUCUCUGCUUCUGUUUUUUAGCAGUUGCUACAUAUUUGUUUUUCACUCCUCUCUUGAAUGAAAUGCUGUCUUAACAUUCAAGUUAAAGUUCCUGACUCACGAUUUUGAAGUGCACUUAACAUUAGACAAAGUGACUCCGUUCUUCCCUAGUUUUGAUGGUUUAUUUUGCUUGUCAUAAAAGUGACAGUCAUCUGAUGUUUUGAUAGUCAAUAGUAAACAUGAGCAUUUAUUUUUCUUGUAUAUCACAGGUGUACAUAUUGUUGGAGAGAAUGCUGAAGAACAAACAGAGCUGGAAAACACUACUAUGGCAUUCUAUGAAUUUAUAGAAGUUAAAUUUAAUGACGCUUUCUCUUAUGAGAUAGCUUCCCAUUGGAAUUCUGAAUUCCAUUUGCAAAGGGACCAUAUGGAUCAUCAUUCAGGUGAUUUUUCCCAUUUAACACAAAUAAUUGUGAAUUUUAAUAAUUUUAAUCUUUCAAUUUAAUCACCAAUUAUAAUAGUUGAAGUGAGAUUAAAAUGUAUGUAAGUAUAAAUUUAGUGUUCAAACAACUAUUUUCUAAUAUUGAUUCUUGUAUAUGGGAUAUCUGUCUACUUGGAAUGGAUUGUUGGGUGACUCUGGCCACAGGCAUUCACAGAAGUUGCUAACUUGGUCAAAGUUUCAGCACCCAGUGGCACCCACUCAGUAUACUCAGGAAUAGAUCUGUUUGGGACUCAGAAUUCUGUUCCACGGAAAAUUCUGAUAUUUAAAAAACAAAAAAAAUUUCUCCAUUGGAAUGAAAAGUUGAAAUUUCAAAAUUUCUCACAAAACCGAAUUUGGGCAGGGGGAUUGGUUUGGCUCAUUUGAAAUGUUUUGUUUCUGUUUAAACUUUUAAAAAUAUUUUAUUUUUUUAUUUUAUUUCAGAAUUAGAGUUUAAUUUUUUUUAUUUAUAAUUGAAAAGAAAAUAAUUGGUGUUAUAAUUGAAAAUUGGCCUUCUAACUGGUAAUUGGUUUGCUCAUUGGUAAUUGAUAUUCCAACUAGUAACAGGUUUGCUUCUGGGUUUGGUAAAUAAGUAUAGUAAUUGGCAUAAUAUAAAAUAUAUAGAAAUAAUAUAAAAUAACAUAUUUAGAAACAAGAAGUCAUUUCAAAAUAAAACACCAAUAAGGACCUUAUUGAAGCACUUUCUUCCUGAAUGAAAUUUCAUCAAAAAUGACACAUUUCCCCCCACAAUGUUGACAUUGACAAAUUGACAUUUUCUGGCUGAAAAACAUACCCCUGGAAAAUUUUCGGCCAGGAACUGCCUCACAAACCCAGUGUUCUGUAAGCCCCAGUGGUACAAGCACGGUGGUAUGGUCCUGCCCCCUACCCUUCCACGCAGCUGCAUCUCCUGAGUCCUCCUGCCUGGGGUCUGUACAGCAGAAGUCUCUGGUGCAGCAGGAGAAGGACAGAGCCCUGCCACCGGACUGGGCACAAGUCACCUGGGGAUCACAUAGAGAGGUUACAUGCUCCCCCCCUUGUGUCCCUUCCCAUGAGUCCAGCGUACCAGCAAGAAAUGAUUUCUACUUGCACCACUGGUUAAUCCCUGUGGGAUUCUCAUGGGACAAUGGGAUUGCCUUAGACUUUGAUCUGGCAGACGGCUUUUCCUCUCUCCCAUAUCUCUUGCUUUCCGUCCCCCUCGCCCUCCCUUCAGCCCUGGCAGCCUGCACUCUAAUGAACAUUAGUGAUGAGGCAUUUUGUGGAGGAGGCAGGUGCAUCUGGGCUUUAACCACCAGCAUUUACAGCCUCUCUUCCUCUGGCAGGGAGCAAACCCCCCAAACCUGCCAUUCUGGAAGUCAGCAGGAUCUCUCACAUCCCUGAAUGCUGUGAUCUUUCCUGACCCCUUUUAUGAGCUAGCACCCGGUGCUUUGGGAGCCUAUGGGCACCAGUGCCCAGAAUUUCCAGAGUGCUCAGCACCCGUUGUUUCCCAGAGUGACUGCUGUGUGCUGAGCUCCUCUGAAUACGUGGCCUCAGACUUUGUGACCAUCCAAAGCCUUGUUCCUUGGGGAAAGCAUUUUCAGAGUCUACUAGCUCUGUGGAAACAGGCAGCUGCUCUGGCUUCAUAUUUUAUGAUGACGUCACUUGUGCUGUUAGUCAACAGUGGACUUCAGGAUUUGUUCCCCUGCAAGCAAACAUUGACGCUGCUAUCAUUCAAGUUGCAUCAAACCACUCAGUGAUGGAAGAGCUGCAAUCAGUCACUGCUGUACAGAUGAGGAUACCUCCCUUUCGUAUUGCAGAAGGCAUUAACUAUGACUUUUUGGUUGUCUGCACUGCAGUGGCAUUCUCUCCACUCAUAUACUUUAUGUCACUCAAUAUGGCAAAAGAAAGGAGGAACUUUAAGGUGCUGAUGAAGAUGAUGGCGCUCCGGGAUUUAGCCUUCUGGUUCUCCUGGGGUUUGCUGUAUGCAGGCUACAUUUUAAUUGUGGCAAUUCUACUGACACUUAUCAUGAAAUCUGAUGAAUUUAUAUACCACACCAGCCAUUCUGUGAUGUUCUUCCUCUUUUAUCUCUAUGGCAUCUCUUUGAUGUCACUUGCUUUCUUGCUAAGUUCUUUGUUGAAGAAACCUAAGCUCACUGGCAUAGUUGGGUUCCUCUUCACCCUGUCCUUUGGAAGUCUUGGCCUUGCUGUAUUGUAUAACCAUGUUCCUGAACCCUUGGAAUGGGUUUUAGGUCUCUUCAGUCCUUUUGCUUUCACGGCUGGAUUUGUGCGGAUUGUACAUUUAGAAGAUGCUGUGAAAGGGGUGGAUUUUUCUGACUUUUUGGAAGACUCAUUCCCAAUGUUGGCAGUUUUUUUCCUGUUGGCUUUUGAUGCUCUUCUCUAUUUGAUGCUAGCCAUCUACUUUGACAAAGUUUUGCCUGAUAAAUAUGGGAUGCACCAUUCCCGUUUGUUCUUCCUGAAGCCAUCUUAUUGGUUUAAAAAAAGAAAAAAUUGUGUCAACAAUGAUAUCCUAGACCAUGAAGAAUACAAUGACCAGGUCUUUAAUGAUCAUGUUGAGCAAGUGCCUCCAGAAUUUCGUGGGAAAGAGGCCAUCAGUAUCAACAAUAUUAAAAAAACCUAUAAAGGGAAGGACAAGAUAGUGAAUGCUUUAAGAGGUUUGUUGCUUAAUGUCUAUGAAGGCCAGAUCACUGCAUUACUUGGUCACAGUGGAGCUGGAAAAAGUACGCUACUGAACAUCCUUAGUGGACUUUGCCCACCUUCAGAAGGCUCUGCCAUGAUAUAUAAAUACAAAGUAUCUGAAAUGGAGGACUUGGAAGAAAUUAGGAAAAUAAUUGGAGUUUGCCCACAAUUUAACAUUCAGUUUGAAGUUUUGACAGUGAAAGAAAAUCUAAGGAUUUUUGCUAAAAUCAAAGGGAUUCAGCCAAAAGAGGUUGAACAAGAGGUCCAAAAAGUUUUGACUCUGUUGAAAAUAAAAGACAUCCAGGACUGCCAAGCUAGCAGCUUAAGCAGUGGACAGAAAAGAAAGCUCACGCUUGGAAUUGCCAUUUUAGGAGACCCCCAGGUUUUGAUAUUAGAUGAGCCAACUGCUGGUUUGGAUCUCAGUUCCAGAUACCAUGUAUGGAGCUUACUGAAGGAGCAUAAAGCUAACAGAGUAACCCUGUUCAGUACCCAGUUAACGGAUGAGGCUGAUAUUAUUGCUGACCGGAAAGCUUUUAUCUCCCAUGGGAGGUUAAAGUGUGUUGGCUCUUCUCUCUUUCUGAAGAGAAAAUGGGGAAUCGGUUAUCACUUAAGCCUGCACAUCAAUGACUCUUGUGAUUCUGCAAAAAUGACAACUCUGGUCAAGCAGCAUAUUCCCAAUGCUAAGUUAUCUGGGCAGAGUCAUGAAGAACUGAUUUACUUGCUGCCCUUUGAAAAUGUGGAUAAGUUCCCUGAACUGUUCUGUGAGCUAGACGCUCAUGUGUGCCAGGAGAUUCUGAGUUAUGGCAUUUCCAUGACAACUCUGGCUGAUGUGUUCUUGGCACUGGAAGAAGAAGCAGCAAUUGAUCAAGCAGAUUAUGGUGUUUUCAGUGAGGAGCUGGCAGAAGAGGAAAGAGAUAUCUUCUCUCCCGACGAAUUGGAACAAAGUCUCCUGUCACUCUCAGACACUGGAAAGGCGACUGUAAGUGGCACAGCCCUCUGGAGACAGCAAGUCUGUGCCCUGGCAAGAAUUCGCUUCUUAAAGCUAAAGCAUGAGAGUCAAACUAUUAGGUCCAUAUUACUGGUGUGUGGUCUUCUUAUACUGCCUUUCCUGAUCUUCAAGAUAGUAAGUGAUGGAGAAAUUGUUGCCCUUACGAUGAAGGUUUCACCUCAGUUGUAUUUUCUCCAACCUGGACAGCAGCACUACCGAACACGUCACACCAGCUUAUUGAUCCUCAAUGAUACAGGUUCAGAGAUUGAGGACUUCAUCCAGGCUGUGAAAAGUCAGAAUAUAAUGUUGGAAAUAGCUAAUGGGAAAAACAUCUCAGAUGGUCAAGAAUACAAUGGGGCUAUUAAAGUAUCACUUGCAGACAAGCAUUUCAGAUUUUCAAUGAUGUGCCAUGCCAAGAGAAUCAAUUGCUUUCCAGUGCUUAUGAACAUCAUUAGCAAUGCAUUACUAAGAAACUUAAAUUCCACUAGGCAUAUUCAAGUCACGACUAGGAUGCCCCCUAUGAUGCCAUCUGAGUACAGAGUGAGGUUACUUUGGCAUUCCAUUCUUUUCAUGUCUAUUUUAGCUUCUGGUUUGGCACCUCACUUUGCAAUGAGCAGCAUAGGUGAUUACAAGAUAAAAGCUCACUCCCAGUUGUGGACUUCAGGCAUGUUCCCUUCAGCAUAUUGGUGUGGCCAGGCUCUGGUGGACAUUCCUCUCUGCUGUGCUCUUCUCUUCACAAUGACUGGGAUUAUGUUUUUAAUUAAUUAUAAAAUUAGUCUGACUCCUGGAUUAUUAGCCUUACCUAUGGUUGUGUCUAUAUUUGGCUACGCAGCAUCCAUUGUCAUCCUCACUUAUGUGAUCUCUUUUGCUUUUCGCAAAAAGAAAAGCUACAGUGACCUUUGGGCUUUUAUCUUUAUAUUUGUUUCUUUCGUGCUUAAUGGAAUUUAUUAUAUAAUCCAUGUGAACUUCAUCACGACCAUCCUCACUGCAUUGAUUCCUUUCUAUACGUUAGCUGGCUGUAUGAGAAUAAUUGUGCAGGUGUCAUCAGACCAUUUAUUUCCCCCCUGGGAAGAUGAUCAAGAAGUGAUGCUGAGCAGAGUCCACUUGCUAGUUAGCCUGGCACCAUACCUGCACUGUAUUAUUUUUAUUUUCAUUCUGCGAUGUCUGGAGUGGAAAUAUGGAAGAAAAACUACGAGAGAGGAUCCAAUCUUCAGAAUUUCUCCAAGGAAAGAGAUCUUCCGCCAAAACCCUGAAGAAUCUGAAGGAGAAGAUGAAGAUGUUCAAGCUGAAAGAAUGAGAUCCAGGAGUGUAAUGACCUGUCAGAACCAGGAAGAGAGACCAAUCCUUAGCGUCAACAGUCUACGCAAGGAAUACAAAGACAAGAAGGCCAGCUCCAUUUUUAAGAAAAGGAAGAAAGUCGCCACAAGAAAUGUCUCCUUUUGCGUUAAAAAAGGUGAGGUUUUCGGGCUACUUGGACCCAAUGGGGCUGGCAAAAGCACAACUCUAAAGGUGAUCAUUGGAGACACGUCCCUAACUGCUGGACAGGUGGUGAUGAAGGGGGUGGAUGCAGCUGCUUCUCAACCAGAAGAGGACACAACUGACUUUCUAGGGUACUGCCCUCAGGAGAACCCUCUCUGGCCAAAUCUUACUGUUCAGGAACAUCUGGAGGUUUAUGCUGCUGUGAAAGGGAUGAGGAGAGAAGAUGCUGCUGUUACUAUCAAACGGGUAGUGAAUGCUCUGAAACUUCAGGAGCAUCUUCAAAAACCAGCCAAGAAACUACCAGCAGGAAUAAGCAGAAAGGUAUGCUUUGCACUGAGCCUGCUGGGCAGGCCCAUGCUGAUGCUUUUGGAUGAACUGUCGACUGGAAUGGACCCCAUGGGGCAACAUCAUGUGUGGACAGCUGUUCGUGCUGCAUUGAAAAGUAAGAAACAAGGAGUCAUCUUGACAACCCAUUAUAUACAAGAGGCUGAGUCAUUGUGUGACCGAGUGGCCAUCAUGGUGUCUGGAAAGCUUCGCUGUAUCGGCUCCAUUCAGUACCUGAAAAGCAAGUUUGGCAAAGGUUACUUGUUGGAAAUUAAAGUGAAGGACCCAGAACAAGUUGAUCUCAUCCAUGCAGAGAUUACACGAAUCUUCCCACUUUCAGCAUGUCAGGAACGGUAUCACUCUUUGAUGGUCUAUAAGAUACCAAUGGAAAAUGUACAGUCUCUGUCCCAGGCGUUUUUCAAUUUGGAGGCAGCUAAACGUACGUUCAACCUGGAGGAGUACAGCCUUUCUCAGUCCACUUUGGAACAGGUGUUCUUAGAGCUUUCAAGAGAGCAGGAGAAAGAGGAUUUUGAUAUGAAUCUGGAUAGUACAGCCGAAUGGAAACUCCUUCAGCAGGAUGAUGAUUAAAGCUCUGCACCACAGUCCUAUAGCUCUACUAUAAACAAUAUCUGCAUGUACAAUUACAUACUACGUUAUAUCCAGUACUAACAUUGUAUUAUGGUAAUGUCGAGAGAGGAAAGUUGAGCCAGUCAUCAUGAAAACUAUUUUUUGAUUAAUUACAUUUGGCUAUGGCUACAUUUCCUUUUGGAGCAAAGAAUAUGUUCUGAGACACAUGGGACUGCAUUAGAAAGUUGGCCAAGGACCAAAAAUGGGGUUAGCUGCCAAUAAGAGAAGAUG